UAUCACAGGUGUCAAGGUGGUUAGAGCCUGAAAAUUGAAACGUAGGAGCCGUGUUUAAAAUCAGUGGAGUGGGAGCAUACGGCUUCACAGGAAAUUGCUACUCGUCCUUCUCCUAUUGCAUGCAAUCUCCCUCUUCUCUCUCUCUCUCACUCUCCAAAACGGAUUCUUUACUCUUUCUGUCUUUUCGUUUCUCUCUCAUCUAAACUCUCUCCUCGAAUAUCUCCUUUCUCUCUCUUUAACUUCCACCAUUUCCUCUCUGUAAGUUCACUACUCUCUCUCUCAAACUCCAUCAUUUGUUUAAAACAACUUCUUGUUUCGAUACUAUCUAUGUGGCCUCUGUGACCCUCAAGUCAUCGCCAUUUUAGACUUUCUCCUAAAUAAAAAGAAAUAAUUGAUUUAUUGUUAUUAUACAGGCUCUGCGUUUCUUAUACGGUAAUUUAGCUUCACUUUCUUUCUCCUUAGGCCUUGUUUUUCGAGAUUUAUGAUUUCGGUUGUGAUUUUCCAUCGAUUGCGAGUUAAUAUGGUCCAGUGUGGUUUCCUGUAACGCCCUGCUUUCUCACUGUGUUUGAGCUUUUUGACGCCAAACCUUUGUUGUUUUGGCUGAUCAAGAAAUUUGUGUUCAUUUGAGGUAGUUUUGUGUCCCUUCCUCUUUCUUCAUUGAUUUUGUAGACUCUCAUCGUUAAUCUGUGUAAUUGCGGUGGUUUCUUACGCCUGCAGUUGUUCUUCUCGUUAUUUUGAAGUGGUUUCCGGAAAUUUCCGUCGUGGUUGUGGGUGAAUUUCGCUUUGAGUCGUGGUUUUCAGUUGAUUUUACAUUUCCGGCAUGGUUUGACUUUGAGGGAACCUGUUCCAUUUUCAUUGCUUCUUAGGCCUUUCAUGGUUUCUUUCUUUGCUAUUUGAGGGGCUGUUUUUUCAUGGCUUCUUUCUUUGCUAUUUGAGGGGCUGUUUUCAAACAUUCAAUUUUUUUGCCAUGGCAUGGUUUCUGAAUAUUUUCAGCUUAUUAACUACUGGUAUUAUAGCAUGCUCAUUGUUGAGGUGGUUUUCAGUUUCAGUAAUUUCUGCCUUUUUCAUUGUUUGUAGCUGCGUUCUACUCUCAUAUUAGUUGUUUUUUGGGGAAUCUUUCCCUGUCUGUAAGUUUUUGUUGUAGUUUUUUCACCUUCAGUGGCGCUGUAGCCUUUUGAUUGUUAAAAUUUUUGUUGUUUUGAUGGGAUUUUAUUGUUAAAUUUGUGCUUGUGUAUUGUGCUUACUUUUGUGGGUGUUUUGUCAUUUCCCCUUCAUGAUUUGAGUGAACCUUGACCUUCUUUAUUUUAGCUUUACAUCAUGUAAGAUGAAUUAUAUUGACUUUUUCUCCAGUGGGCUAUUUCAUUUGCUGGAACUUACUCUUUCUUCACUUGUACUCACUGGUUUUGAGCAUAUGUGCCAGUGUUUUCAAUUUUCCUGCAAACAUCCAUUUUCUUUAUGAAGUUUUAGGUUUUGAUGGUUACGUCAUUUUGUCCUGGUUUGUGUUUCAUUUUCCAAUGAGAUCUAGCUUCAUCAGUUGUAGUUGAACUUGGGACAUACUGUUGCGGUUGUAAUUUAAUAUCUCUUAAGUAUUCUAAUUUACUCUUUCAUGAUUAAAUUCCUUCUUUAUGAGAUUUUUGUCAAACCAAUUCGUCCCAUGUUUUUGGUAAUUUAAGCUUUUUUAUUGCAUUUUUUUGGUAGUAAAUUAUCAUAUAUCUGCUGAUGUGGAUACUCAGACUGAUAGUCUUGCUUUGCAUUCUUGAGCAAAUGAUUCUAGGUUUUAUUGUGACUCAAAUAAUAGGAACAAUAAACUGGAGAAUCAGUUAAAAAGCAGUGUUUGAAAACUCAGGCGACUCCACCCAUGAAAACUCAGGUGAGUCCACCCAAACUUGUGCAAGUCACCCAGGCUGCCAAGUCGGGAACCAUAUAGAUGGGAAGCAACUAAGUUUGGCAGGUUCCCAUUAUUUAUUUUUUUGGGCAGACUCGGCCGGGUCUCUGACAGAUGCUGUCAUGUCUGUGAGACACAACUCAGUCUUAGGACUUCCAGGUUCUGAUCCAAGUUUGUGUUUUCUAAGAUUGGUUAUAAGAAUACCCUUGAUUGCUGAGACCUUUCAUUAGCCUCUUCUUUACAGAAAUUUUAUUCAUUCACUUUUCAUAACUAUGUUGCAGAAUGGGUAUAAUUUUCCAAAUUUAUCUGUAGUUAUAUGCUGUCCGGUGCUUCUAUAAAAUAUUAUUUGGUUUCAGUUAUUGAUCCAUCAGAGCUGGAGUAUGUUGUUAGCUGAGACUUGUGAGCUUGUUCAAUGAAAAACUCCUAUGAAUCACAACCAAAAGGCUGGAACUUUCUAUGGGAAUAUGGAAUUUGCAUGUUUAAGAUGAAAAGCUUGCGUUUAGUUGGAAUACUCUGCGUACUUAUGGUGUUAGUCAUAUCUAUAACCAUGAAAGAACAACAUGCACACACAGAGAUGGAUCAGAAAUCACAUCCCUUUGACUCAAUGAAGGAUUUGGAAACUUCAUUUAAGGAUUCUCAUGAGGGUUUUCCUCGGAAAAAGGAUUCUUUACCACAAGGUAUAGUGCAAGCGACUUCUAAUAUGGAGCUGAAACCUCUUUGGAUGAUGAAAUCCUUGAAAGUUAAGGGUUACAAUCAGAAACAUAGAAACCUAUUGGCUAUACCUGUUAGCAUCAGGCAGAAGGAAAAUGUGGAUUCUAUUGUUCAGAAGUUUCUCUCAGAGAAUUUCAUGAUUCUGCUCUUCCAUUAUGAUGGCAUUAUUGAUGAAUGGCAUGAUCUCGAGUGGAGUCAGAAGGCAAUUCAUAUAAGUGCGCGCAAUCACACAACAUGGGGGUUUGCAAAGCGUUUUCUACACCCCGAUGUUAUUUCAACUUAUGAUUACAUUUUUAUAUGGGAUAAGGAUCUGAUAGCAGAUAAUUUUCAUCCUGGAAGGUACUUGAAGAUAAUGAAAUCAAAAGGGCUAGAAAUUUCUCAGCCAACUCUGGAUCCAAGCACAUCCAAAUUUCAUGAUCAAAGAACCAUCCAAAUUAUGCCUGGGAUGGUUCACAGAUGGGUGGAAGGGAUAGCUCUUGUAUUUUCAAGGGCAGCAUGGCAUUGUGCUUGGCAUGGCAUUCAGAAUGAUCUCGCUCAUGGGCAGAUAAGAGAUAAGAUAUUUGGUCAUUGUGCUCAGAAAAUCUCUUGAGAAAUAAAUCUACUGCUGUUGCUCCUGCUGAGCGGCCCUUUAUAAGAUGGAGAACAGUGACCUGUUAUAUUGUAUUGGUCGUGACCAAAGGAAAUGUUUGAUCAUGAGGGUCUUCACCAUCAAAUCUAUAGGUUAUGGAAUGAUGGAAAGAGAGUAGGACCCAGCAAAACAUCACCUGACUCCCAUCGUGGGUCCCCCUGUCUCCAUCGUGAUUCCAUGCUCCAUCAUGAUAAUCCUCAUGACCAGAAAUUGAUGGCACGCGGCCAUAAGGAUUAAACUAUACUUUCCCAUAAGGUGGUGUUAUAACUGUGGUUCUCAUCUUGAAGUUUGUUGAUGUUAUGUUUUGAAAUGUGUCCUAAGAAUCAGUUUCGGUUACACUAAAGCAUGCAAGGAGAUCAAUCUUAGACCUUGAACAAUUGAAGCGUCAUGCUAGUGAAGACAAGAAUUGGCUGCGUCUCUCUCUCUCUCCACAAUUUUUUCAAACAAAGAAAAGAACACUCCUCUGCCAUUUGCGCAUUCUUUGGACUGCAAUAUUGGUGCAUAAACAAUGCCUAUUCAAAAUUGACCAGCUAUUCUACUAUUGGCUCGAUGGCACUCGCAUGGAUUGCAUGUUGAGUUAACAAGGUCGUUUACACGCGCAAGACUUGUUCUAGAUAUGAAUUUUUUUUUGUUACAAUGUUCUUGUUUGAUGUACUUUGGUGUAAAUAUCUGACUUUUUUUGUUAGAGUCUUUGUUUAAUGUAGUUUUUAGAGUUGCAUGGAAAAUUGGGAAUAACAUUACUUAAAAGUCAGUAAAGAAACCAACAACAAGGGUUAUAUAA